CACCGAUCGGUCUCCAGGUAAGGAGGAGGCUCGUGGAUCUUCACCGCGCGCGCUUGGCAUCUGGUGAGAGAAUGAAUGCUGAUGACUGCAAUGGAUGCUCAUAUGCACAAGGUAAUGGAGGAGAGUCAUCAACGGAGCAGGAUUUUUAUAGCGGUUUGCAAGGCCCUUCUGCAAGAUCUCCAAACAGCCAGCAGUCCUCUGUCAGUGCAAACUCCAUCAAGGUUGAGCUGUGCAGCGAUGAUGAGUCACCAGGUGCUCCACAGCCAGAGAACAGAGAGGUGGUGAGCGACGAUGGCAGGAGGGAUGACAGAGGGGACACCAUGGAGGAAGGGAGCACAGAGUACACUGGGGCUGCAAGAGACAGAGGGAGCAUCUACAAUGAGAUGGCCAGUCCAAACUCUGCUUCCCCAGGCCCUCUCCGCCUACCGAACGGGAAGCUCCAGUGUGAGGUGUGCGGCAUGGUCUGCAUCGGGCCCAAUGUGCUGAUGGUGCACAAGCGUAGCCACACAGGCGAGAGGCCGUUUCAGUGUAACCAGUGUGGUGCUUCCUUCACCCAGAAGGGGAACUUGUUGCGCCACAUCAAGUUGCAUUCGGGAGAGAAACCUUUCAAAUGUCCCGUUUGCAACUAUGCUUGUCGCCGGAGAGAUGCCCUGGCUGGACAUCUACGCACACAUGCAGCUUCUUCUCCAACGGUGGGAAAACCUUUCAAGUGCAGCUACUGUAGUCGCAGCUAUAAACAACAGAGCACACUGGAGGAACAUCUAGAGCGCUGCCACAGUUAUUUGAAGAGUCUGGACCACCAGACAGCAGUCAUCGCACAGACAGCGCAGGGUGAAGAGUCAGUAAAUAUGGAGACAAUUACGAAACCUGGAAAAAUCCAGUUUGUGGAUAGACUGGCUAUUAGCCUCACCAAGCGCAAGAGGUCAACACCACAGAAGUUUUUGGGUGAAAAGCACAUGCACCUCGACCUACCUGAAGCACCUUACGAAUUGUCCUCCGGCUCUGAGAAGGAGGCAGACCUCAUGAGCUCUCAGCCUGCUGGGGACUCUGCUAGGUUGGACAGUCAACAGCUCCAAGGCAGCCGGGGUAAAAGGGAGAACCAUGAGCCGCCUGCACUGUCUCAGUUCCACCCUGCCUCCCUGACGGAGCAACGCACGGUUAUCGGCUCCAUCAACAGCAACUCGACUCCUCAGGGCCCCCGAGCCCAAGGCGGAGGUGGGCUGGCAGCAGUGUCCCUCGGCCUGGCAGGGCAGCAGGCGGGUGAAGGCCGUGAUGACCGGCGCUCAGCCCAAAGGCACAUCACCUCGCCCAACGGCUGCCCCGACUCCACAGACACAGAGAGCACAGCGGAAGAGCAGAGCACAAGGGCUACAGCCCCGACAAGUACCUCCAACAACCACCACCUCCACUACCAAACCCCAGCACUGCCCCGCAGCCAUCCCACUUCCAGCCCCAGGCAGGCCAAAGACUUGGACCCAGAGUGGGAGAGAGCGUGUCCUGUGCCCCCCGCCAUAGCAAAGAGGAGCCCUGUCUCACCCCUUUCUUCCAGGGAGAUCGUGCAGGUGUUAGACAGGGAUGGCCGGCCUGUGCGCACCUUCCACUGCCGCCACUGUCGCAUCCUCUUCCUGGACCAUGUCAUGUUCACCAUCCACAUGGGUUGCCACGGCUUCCGCCAACCAUUCGAGUGCAACAUCUGUGGCCACCGUAGCCAGGACCGCUACGAGUUCUCGUCUCACAUCAGCCGCGGGGAGCAUCAGGUGGGCUGAGGAGAGGGGGAUAGAGGUCGGAUGAGGAGGGGUGACUGUUGCUCUCUAAAGUUGUAGGCUCCCGUUUGUUCUGCACCAGAUCAGUUGCUUUAAAUCCCUAGUGUAAGUAAAAGGAUUUGUGGUUUUACAGUGAG